CAGCCCGGCACCCCCUACGUCACUUCCGCCUUCUUGUCCUUGGUGGAUACAGCACCGUCGGCGUUCAGGAUAAACAACAUGGCUAAACUGAGCAAUGAAACCAAGCAGCGGCUGCAGCAGCUGUUCCAGUGCGGCCAGUUUGUCAUCCGAUGGGGGUUCAUACCAACCGUGCUGUACCUCGGUUUCAAACGGGGAGCAGAUCCAGGAAUGCCUGAGCCCACAGUCUUGAGUUUGCUAUGGGGCUAAAGAACGUCUCCACACAGCCGGCCCACUCGCGUCAUCGAGACCAUGUGACCCACCUGUCAUUGGAACUCCAGGACAUUAUUUUUUCACUUCCGUCUCCAUAAACCAUGCUGUCCAAUAUCAGAGAGGUGAUGAAUACACGUCGUGUGUGGCCGUACUGUUUACGGCCACACAUGCAGAUGUAUUGAGCGUCUGCUGCAUGGACAGAAGAUAUUUGGAUCAACAAGCUGGAAUCAAGACUUCAAUCUUGAAAAUAUGAGCUGUUGACUGGAUUGUCUGUCGGUGUUGUGUUGGGAAUGUGCGACAGCGAUGUUUGGAUAUAACAUUCAUUCCAUGUUUUCCUCUUUUUAUUUGUAAUUUAAGAUUUCUGAGAAUAAAUCCACAAAGAAAUGAG